AUGAUCUACCACAUAAGAUGUGGGCGGGGCACGGCGCCACGCUUUCAUCUGAUGGUUCGCCACAAAACACGAAACGUCAAUAACUCGGCCGCACAACUUCAGAUCUUGAUCCUGAUGGGUAAAAAUGACAAGGACGCCCUGAGGUGGCCGAUGGGUCAGUGCCUGUUCAUAGCUAUUCAAAGUGGGCGGAGCCUGGUGGACAGACAAGAGGACAGACAUGAGGACAGACAUGACGACAGACAAGAGGACAGACAUGAAGACAGACAAGAGGACAGACAAGAGGACAGACAAGAGGACAGACAAGAGGACAGACAUGAGGACAGACAAGAGGACAGACAAGAGGACAGACAUGAGGACAGACAAGAGGACAGACAAGAGGACAGACAAGAGGACAGACAUGAGGACAGACAUGAGGACAGACAAGAGGACAGACAUGAGGACAGACAAGAGGACAGACAAGAGGACAGACAAGAGGACAGACAUGAGGACAGACAUGAGGACAGACAAGAGGACAGACAAGAGGACAGACAAGAGGACAGACAUGAGGACAGACAUGAGGACAGACAAGAGGACGGACAUGAGGACAGACAAGAGGACAGACAAGAGGACAGACAUGAGGACAGACAUGAGGACAGACAAGAGGACGGACAUGAGGACAGACAAGAGGACAGACAAGAGGACAGACAAGAGGACAGACAUGAGGACAGACAAGAGGACAGACAAGAGGACAGACAAGAGGACAGAAAUGAGGACAGACAUGAAGACAGACAUGAGGACAGACAAGAGGACAGACAUGAGGACAGACAUGAGGACAGACAGGAGGACAGAAAUGAGGAUAGACAAGAGGACAGACAAGAGGACAGACAUGAAGACAGACAAGAGGACGGACAUGAGGACAGACAAGAGGACAGACAAGAGGACAGACAAGAGGACGGACAAGAGGACGGACAAGAGGACAGACAAGAGGACACACAUGAGGACGGACAAGAGGACGGACAUGAGGACAGACAAGAGGACAGAUAUGAGGACAGACAACAGGACAGACAUGAGGACAGGCAAGAGGACGGACAUGAGGACAGACAAGAGGACAGACAUGAAGACAGACAUGAGGACAGGCAAGAGGACGGACAUGAGGACAGACAAGAGGACAGACAAGAGGACAGACAUGAGAACAGACAUGAGGACAUACAAGAGGACAGACAAGAGGACAGACAAGAGGACAGACAAGAGGACAGACAUGAGGACAGACAAGAGGACAGACAUGAGGACGGACAAGAGGACGGACAUGAGGACAGACAUGAGGACAGACAAGAGGACAGACAUGAGGACAGGCAAGAGGACAGACAUGAGGACAGACAAGAGGACGGGAAAGAGGACACACAUGAGGACAGAAAUGAGGACAGACAAGAGGACAGACAUGAGGACAGACAAGAGGACAGACAUGAGGACAGACAUGAGGACGGACAAGAGGACGGACAUGAAGACAGACAUGAGGACAGACAUGAGGACAAACAUGAGGACAGACAAGAGGACAGACAUGAGGACAGACAUGAGGACAGACGAGAGGACAGACAUGAGGACAGACAAGAGGACAGACAUGAGGACAAACAAGAGGACAAACAAGAGGACAGACAAGAGGACAGACAUGAGGACAGCUCCUACCUGAGGAGAGUGUCACUUCCUGUGUGCGGACCAUCCAGAACGUCUGCGUCCAACAUUCAGCUGGUCCACUCUGCCUGUUUGGGACGGCGCCCUGCAGGGAAUCAAGCAACAACAGUCAACCCCUUCCCGCCUGGCCUGGCCUUUCACAAUAAAAGCAUGUGA